AACCGCGGCUUGCAUCGGACAGACUUGGAGGUCAGCUGCCGCCGUGCCCGACCGGAGGGAAGACUACCCGAGGCGGAAGGCAGACUCUCAGCGAGAACUUCUCAGCCUUGCCAGGAUCUGCGGCGAGAAGGCAGGAGAGACCCUUCUUGCAGCCCUACUGCAGUCGUUUCCAGGUGAUGAGAUGGCAACCAAAGAACAGACACCUACGAAAGGAGGUCCAGAGCAAGUUGAAACUGACCCAUUGUCAGCAGGGAAGUCUGCAGAGAGAAUUUCUCCCAUCUUCAAACAGGAAAGCGAUGACGAGAUCCAGGAUUUGUCAGAGAGGCAAAGAGCAGCCAUCUCAGCCAAAAUCCAAGGCAAAGGUACCCACUGCAAGGACGACCGGUUAAAAAAUCUGGACCAGAUUGUUAUCCAGCAGCUGAUCCACAUUGGAGAAAGUGAGAUUGUGCGCAGGAAGCAGGAGGAAGACUUCCAUCAGGGUUCUGACCUCGUAAAGUUUCCGGUUGUCCAUUUGGGAGAGAAACCUUACCUGUGUAUUGUCUGUGAAAAAACCUUCCGCAACCAUUCAGGCCUCAUGGUGCAUCAGAGGAUCCACACAGGUGAGAAGCCCUACAAGUGCCCUGAUUGUGAGAAGAGCUUCAACCAGCGAUCGCACCUGACCUCUCACUGGGGGACCCAUACAGGAGAAAAGCCCUUUAAAUGUUUUGAUUGUGGAAAAAGCUUCAGCUACAACUCCGGGCUCAUAAUACACCAGCGAAUCCACACUGGAGAGAAACCAUACAGCUGCUCCAACUGUGAGAAGAGCUUCAGUCAGAAAUCACACCUGCUUUCUCAUCAGCGGACCCAUGUGGGAGAGAAAUCCUUCAAAUGCCCUGACUGUGGAAAGAGCUUCAGCUACAACUCAGGUCUUGUGAUCCACCAGCGAAUCCACACUGGGGAAAAGCCCUACAUGUGCUCAGACUGUGGAAAGAGCUUCAAUCAGAGGUCACACCUCAUUUCACACCAAGGCAUUCACACAGGACAGAAACCGUAUUCAUGUAAGGACUGUGGGAAGAGCUUUAGCUUCAACUCUGGGCUAGUUAUACACCAGCGGCUUCACACUGGGGAGAAACCUUAUAAGUGCCCCAACUGUGGGAAAAGUUUCAACCAGAAAUCGCACCUCAUUUCACACCAGAGAGUGCAUGCUGGAAAGAAGCCUUGACUUGGGAAGGAACUGAUUUCUAUUAAAAGAAGCAUUAUUCUGCUUCUUGAGAUGUAAAACAUUGGUCUUGAGCUUGUUAGCUUAGAAGGAAUAGUCCUUUGCUGGUGUUGCCACAUCAGUGGUGCUUCAUGGUAAUGGGUUUAUAUUAGAACUGGAGUCUGGACUUGUUUGCAUGUACAUUCUGAACAUUUCAUGCAUAAAGGAGGGCAACAUGCAACAACAUUGUACACCCCCCCCCAACAAAAACACAUUUGGCUGGCAAUCUGAGGAUGAAACAAGAAUGAGAACAAAAUAACCCUCAGUGUUAAAGCAAUGUACAUUUUCUGUGUAAAAGGAACAAACACAAAGCUAAUGAUCAACAGCUAUGAAAAUUCAAACAUCUCCUGUUAAAAUAUAUUAAAAUUUCAGGGUAUCCUUCGGGGUAUCUGCCCUGAGCCCAUCUGUGGGGAGGACGGGGUAUAAAUCAAAUAAAUAAAUAAGUUGGUACAGAAUUUAUGUAAUUCAAGAAAUACAGUCAGAUGAGUAUAUUAUAAGUUAUUAAUAUAUAGCAAUCUGUUUUUACUGUUGUUGGUUUUUAAAGUUGUAGUCUUUCCAAUGCAUUUGUAGACAAUUGGCAUAUAUACAGCAGUACAUAUGUUAAAGUACUGUCAUCCUGAAGUUAAAUCCCUGGCAAAUGAACAUUGAUCAGACAGACAGUGGUUCAAUCAAAAGCCUUAAAUAUCUUGAUCGAUCAAUACAAAAGAAAAUAAUUCUUUUAUUCCA